ACGAAAAUUAGAGCAGAAGGCCUGAGGGUGACUCUGAUUGAUUGACUUCGCUGGAGCAAAGUCUCUGGUCUAUGCGUGUGUUUAGCGUUUUAGAGUUGGCAAGCAUUCAUUUUGGCCACAUCUUUUCAUCGAACUAGACGGAAAGGUCAAGUGAGAACUUCUUGUGCACUUAACUUUGGUAAGUCGUCGCAGAAAACAUAGCUAGGAGCGGCUUUUCUUCUCAUUUCAGUUUUUGCUUCUUUGUCCAGUCCUCCCGCUAAGUCCUUAAAUUUUCUUCUACUCUUCUUGCUUGUUCAUUGGACGACUGAAUUUUCUUGGGAAUUGUCGCAUAGCAAUUGUCAUAUACACUUGUUUCUUAGUCUCUCUCUCUCUCUCUUUCUCUCUGCGGCGUUCUCCCGAUGGUGAUUGUGCAAGUCACUCACUCGCUUCUCUUUCUUCUUUCCUUGUUCUUAAACACUCAGCAAACAACCUCCGGCGUGAUAACUGUCGGUUCAUCGCUCUCUCCGAGAACCAACCGCACGUCGUGGCAUUCGCCGUCGGGUCUUUUCGCUUUCGGGUUCUAUCCUCAAGGGGAUAAGUACAGCGUCGGAAUAUGGCUUGUUGGUAAGCCUAACAACACUGUGGUGUGGACUGCAAACCGGGAUGACCCAUUGGUCUCCUCAAACGCGACAAUUAAGUUCACUAUGGACGGUAAACUCGUCGUCCGAACCGAUCCGGGAGGUCAGGAGGCAUCCGUUGUCGGCUCUGAAUUGUUGGUGCCCGCUACCUCGGCUUCCAUGCUUGAUUCCGGUAAUCUUGUGCUCUACGACAACAAUUCUCGUGUGAUCUGGGAGAGCUUCAAUCUCCCGACCGACACCAUACUGGGUGGUCAGAACCUCUCCGAGGGAAAGGAACUUAUUUCGAGCAAAUCGCUGCUUGACCGCUCAAGUGGUCGGUUUAAAUUCUCCAUGCAGACUGAUGGGAACCUUGUCGCCUACUCUGUUAACUACACGAAUUAUCCCCAGGAUGCAUACUGGUCGAGUGACACUACCGGGCAAUUAUUGCUGCUAAAUCUUGAUCCUCGAGGAACUCUUGCUUUGCGGAACUUUAGUGGCUUUGACAAGAAAAUUUUUGCCAAUCAUACCUUGUUUUUAAGCGAAGAAGGCAGUGCCGUUCAUCGCGCAACACUCGAUGACGAUGGGAUAUUCAGGCUCUAUUUACACCAGUUCUCGCAAGGCGACUUCUCGAGCUCAGUAGUGUACACUCGGUGGUCUGCCCCAGAGCACCAAUGUGAUGUUAAAGGUUUCUGUGGAUAUAACAGUUACUGCAGAGGCAGCAACGACGGGGCGCAGUGUGAUUGCUUUCCUGGUUUCGCUUUCGUUGAUGAACACAAGAGAUUUUUGGGUUGCCGGAGGAGCUCCAACUACGAACAGCACUGUGGAGUGGAAGACGCCAACAUUACUCCAAGCAUCACUCCAUUGCCAAGCGUAGAAUUCGGGGGUCAUCCUUAUUUGGUACUACCACUUCCGCUACAUGAGUGCGAGACUUCGUGCCUGGAAGACUGCAAUUGUGAAGUAGCUUUGCAUCGAGAUGGAUCGUGCAGCAAGAUGAAGCUACCCAUCAUCUACGCAAGUGAAGUCGGAGAUGGUUCCUCCACGGUGUUGGUAAAGACCCUCACGCCUGCCCCUGUUGCUCCCCCAAACCCACUGGUCCCAACAAAGCCGAUUCUUGUGACGGAGCAGAAGAACACACUCGUUUUGAUCGUCGGGGUCAGCUUGGGUUCCAUUGCAAUUUGCUGCUCCUUGGUAGCUGCGUUUAGUUUCUUGCUGUAUCGAUACCGAGUUCAUAAGUACGCGAGGCUGUCGACAGAUUCCACUUUGGGUCCUGCACGAGAGUUCACGUUGCAAUCCUUCUCAUAUAAGGAGCUUGAAGAAGCCACCGAUGGGUUCAAGGAAGAGAUCCGUAAGGGCUCUUUUGGGGCAGUGUACAAAGGGAUAAUGUCCGAUGGCGGCAAGAGUGUAGCAGUAAAGAGAUUAGAGAGAGCCAUCGAACGAGGAGAGGUAGAGUUCCAGGCUGAAAUGGCCGCAAUCGGUCAUACUCACCACAAAAAUAUAGUCCGAUUGCUCGGCUUCUGCAUGGAGAGCUCGAGGAAGCUUCUUGUAUUCGAGUAUAUGGAGAACGGAUCACUGGCAGAUGUCCUGUUUGAUGUUGAAAGGCGGCCUCCUUGGAGUGAAAGAGUGAGGAUUGCGUUGGAAGUAGCAAGAGGAAUCUUGUAUUUGCACGAUGAGUGUGAGCUCCAAAUAGUUCACUGCGACAUCACGGCAAGAAAUAUCCUCCUGGAUGAAUCUCGGACCGCAAAAAUCUCAGAUUUUGGCCUAGCGAAGCUCUUAAUGCCGAAUCAAACCGGUCCUAAAACUAAAGUCAGAGGUACAAGAGGUUAUGUGGCACCGGAACUGCAGAGGAACGCCAUGGUAUCCACAAGGGCCGACAUUUACAGCUAUGGAGUCGUGUUGCUGGAAAUAGUGUGCUGCAGGAGCAACAUGGUGGUUGACGUUUCGGCAGCAGAUGAGGUGCUGCUUUGCUUGUGGGUCCACAACUGCUACAUCGCCAGGGAGCUUCACAAGCUCAUUAAAGACGAAGAAGCAGACAUGAAAAGCGUCGAAAGAAUGGUGAAAAUAGGGCUCCUUUGCGUGCAAGAUGAUCCGGAGAUCCGACCUUCAAUCAAGGAUGUGAUAUUGAUGAUGGAAGGUAUAAUGGAUGUGCCACGCCCGCCAUGCUCAACCCCAUCAUCCUAUGCAUCUUAAUUCGCAUUGCACCUGACUCGAAGGACGAUUUUCAACUUUCUUUUUUAGCUUCUGGGUAACUCAUAGAGCAUCCACAGAUAUUCACUAUGACAGGUCACAUUCAUGAAACUCAGCAAACCAUUUUCAGCCAUGUACUCCUUGCAUUUGUUCUGUUGUUCAAGAAUAAACAGGUCACAUGUCCACUAGUACAUCUUGUCGGUGCGACUUAGUGGACAUCUUGUAGCCGAGGCCUCCAUAGCUCUCAUUACUUACGAGAGUUUCGUUUCCUUUUCUUCUUCAAGGGAAUAAUGUUGUUUUCCGACUUUUUCGUUGAAUGAACUAUGUUUAUAUGGUUUUGAGUCCUUAGAAUGCUGUGAAGGAAACUUCAGGAUUGAGAAAAAUUGUAAGUUAAUGGACAAAGAACAGAGC